AUUUACGAUGCGGUAUAUUUGUUGUGUCUGGAACGAAUCGGCAGCGGACACGACAGAUUGAUAGGUCAGGUCGUGUAAAGGAGGCUUAAGAAAUAGAGUGAAGUUUAGUCUAUGGCUUAAGUUUUGUAAACUUACCCGGUUUUCUGUUCGUUUUCGCGUGCUGUGAUAAAAGUUUGUUUCUAGAAGUAAAAAUUAAAUAAAACUGUGUAAUUACUUAAUUUAGGAGUGCUAAAGUGUGUGAGCAGAUUGCUAAAUAACUCGCUAUUAGCAUCAAAUAGGACACACAUAAGAUUAAUAAGUAAAUGAAGAGUAUCAGUAGCUUGCAUUGCGUACAAAAUGGACCUUUUAGUUUCAACAUUAGAAUUGCGCUUAGAGAGGCUAACAGAAGCUUUAACGGGAGCCGCCGAGGCUCUUCAUAGUAUGGAGACCGGCGUAGAAAGGGACAGGAUAGUUGCCGUCAAAAUUAAUGUUAAUAAUAGAUUAUCGUCGUUCACAACAGACCUCAACAGAUAUUUGUCUGGUGAUAGCGCCAAUGUAAGAGAAGAUCUUUGGAAACAGUGUCGCGACGUGCAGAUCAAAGCGGAGGACGUGCUAACGGAAUUGGAAAUUGCCAUGAAACUCUACUGCCACGAAGGAGAUAACAAUAAUAGGACACGUCUACCUAAAUUAGAACUCGGCAAAUAUAAUGGUGAUGUCCUAAAGUGGAAUACAUUCUGGGACAAGUUUGCAGCCAAUGUCGACAAUAAGGAUAUUGCCAAUGUGGAGAAGCUCUCAUACCUGUUAGCAUCUUUGGAGGGACCAGCCCUUCAAGCAGUUGAGGGUUUGGAGACUACAAACUUAAAUUAUCCAAUUGCGGUCGAUAUCCUCAGUAGCCGUUUCGGUAAGCCUUCAAAGGUCAUUGACGCUCACAACGAGGCUUUGCAAAAACUUACGGUAGCAAAGGAUCUACCUGAAGAUUGUAGAUGCACUCUGAACGCCAUAGAGAAGCACCUGAGGGUAUUGGAGGCUCUAGGGGAGAAAGUUGAUGCUAGUCACCUUAGAGUUAUUAUACUUAAUAAAUUUCCAUCUAAAGUAGUAUAUCAAGUGCGACUGAUGGCGAUUGAUGAUUCAUUUUCUGCAAUCCGAAAAGCUUUAGAUGCUGUAAUAACAGCAAUGGAAAGUUCGAAGAGUUUGGUCGUUUUAAAUCCAGAGAGUUCUGUUAUUCCUGUGAAGUCCAGCAUGAUGGAGCUUCAACAUGAUGCUUCAACAGCGACGUUGCAAAUUGCUACGAGAAAACGAAGAAAGACGCUGUCUCAAAGAUGGCAUGAAGAAAAACAUAUUUAA